AUGGACGGUCGGGGCCGGGGAGGCCGCGGCGGUCGGGGCCGUGGCCGCGCGGGUGGUCGGGGCCGGGGAGCCGGUGAUGAUCAGGAGCCUGAGGCGAUCCCUCCGAGCUGGCCCGUGUACUUCCCGCGGCUCAGGUUCGCGGAGGACGACCGGAGGGCGGAGCUCGUCGCCGUGCUCGCGAGAUUCUUCAGCAGCGAGAUCGGCUUCGAGCUCAUCAAGGGCGUGCGGACGCACCACCUCCGGGACGUCCUGGUGGCGCUCGAUUUUACCCAGCUGAAGGCAAGGGCAGACAUUCCGGACCUGUUUGCGGCGCUCGAGCUGGCGCCGCCCGAGGCCAUGCUGUGCCUGCGCGCGGCCAUCCACGAGGUGGUGUUCAACUCGCCGGUGGGGAGGAGGGAGCUGCCGCACAUGCAGAUACCUGCGCCCGCGGUCAAGCUUUGCAGGCCGCCGGUGGUGGACGUCCACCUGGUCAACCACCCGGAGGCGAGGGUGACGUUCAGGGACCUCAGAUCCACGCUAGCGGGCAAGAUCGUGACGCUGCGGGGCCAGGCCGUUCGCGUCUCCCCCGCAUCCUAUCUCGCCAAGACUCUCCAGUUUACCUGCGACAGGUGCGACACGCCGCAGACGUUUUACUUCACCAACGGCCUGUACGACGAGCCGGAGAGCUGCGCCGCGCCCGGGUGCCGAUCGAAGAAGUUCACCCCGGACAGGGACUCGGUCAAGUGCGCGGACUGGCAGCGCAUCAAGCUGCAGGAGCUCAUAGAGGAUGUCAUGGAGGAUGACGACUACGACGGCCGCGGGCAGGCGCGGUUCGCCGACAUCGAAGCGGAGGGGACGCUGGUGAACAAGUGCGCACCCGGGGAUGAGAUCACGGUGGUUGGGAUCGUGGAGAUGCGCAACGUGGAGCAGAAGGGGAGCGCGCUGGAGCGGGAGAGGGCGGCGUCGCAGUUUGAGCUCGUGGUGAACGCGUUGUCGGUGACGAGGCAGAGGGCGGGUGACGACGUCAACAGGCAGCCCCUGUCCAAGGAAGCCGAGGAGGCGUUCAGGCGCGGUCUGCCAAACCUUGCCGCGGAGGAUGCACACUUCGGUAGGGAGCCCGCGAUGUCCCCUGCGGAUCUCGAGUUCAUCGUGAGGUUCACGGAGGAGUGCGACGGCGAGCAGUUCAAGCAGCUGGUGCACUCGCUCUGCCCAGUCAUCUACGGCCAGGAGCUCGUCAAGGCUGGCAUCGUGCUCGCGCUGUUCGGCGGCGUGAGCAAGAAAUUCGAGGACGACGGGUGGAUACCCACAAGGGGCAGCAUCAACUGCCUGGUGGUAGGCGACCCGGGCAUGGGCAAGAGCCAGAUGCUCACGGCGGCGUCGAAGGUGGCGAACAAGGGGAUGUACUGCUGCGGUGGUUCGGGGGUGUCCGUCGCGGGUCUCACCGCCGCGGUCAUCAAGGAUCCAACCACCGGUCAGUUCACUUACGAGGCUGGUGCGCUCGUGCGCUCCCAUGGGGGCGUGUGCUGCGUCGACGAGUUUGACAAGAUGCAGAGCGAGCACGACGCGUUCCUGGAGACGAUGGAGCAGCAGGAGGUGAGCAUCGCCAAGGCUGGCAUCGUCUGCACCCUGCCCGCGCGCGCGUCCAUCAUCGCGGCGGCUAAUCCGAACGGCGGACAGUACAACAGGUCGCUGAACAUCACCGACAACCUGAACAUGUCCCCGGCGCUACUCUCCAGGUUUGACCUCAUCUUCAUAUUGGUGGACGACGCGGACGCCACGCUGGACGAGCACAGGGCGAGGCACGUGCUCGCACCCCACGGCGUCGGCGGGGUGGCGCAGCUCAAGCAGGCGCAGCAGCAGCUCCUGGCGCAUCUGAUGCGAAAAUACAUCACCUACGCCAGGGCGUACUGCUUCCCCAUGCUCUCCGAGGAGGCUGGCAAGAUUCUUCAGGAUUAUUACGUCGAGAUUCGCGCUCGGUGCGCAGCUGGCGCGGAUAGCGUGCCGAUAACGCCGCGUCAGAUGGAGGCUCUCAUCCGACUCGCCGAGGCCCGCGCCAAGGUGGAACUGCGCGAGACGGUGACGGCAGAGGACGCCCACGACGCGGUGGAGAUCAUGAAGGAGGGCAUGAGGGACGUGCUCAAGCCCGGGGGUACCCUCCGCGGCAAGGGGGGCAAGCUCAAGAAAUCAGGCAAGGCGAAGAUGUUUAUCGACGCGAUGAAGCGAAAGGCUCAGGAUAAGGACAGUGCCUACUUCACCACCGGCGAACUUUACGCGCUGGUGGACGACCUACAGCUGCAGAUCCCGGACGUGGACGCGUUCAUCGAUAACCUGAACAUGGCUGGAGAAAUCUUGAAGAGCGGGAGGCUGUGGAAGGUGGCGUGA